UCUGGUCAGUGCAAUCAAAGUAUGCUGGUGCGUUGCAUCAAAAUUCUCGUAGCUGUUGUGCUUAGUUUGACGUUUACCAUCUCGCUGUCGAAGCUGGUCCUUUGCAUUUGGAACGGGUGGUUUAAUGCGGAUGCCGCGGAUUACGAAAUUUUCACAUCCUACCCAGGCGCUGGACGCCUGGGACCGUCACCCUCCUCCAACCCGUCGGCGGGUUCGUACCAACGGCACACGCCAACCAUCGUGGACGAGUGGCUCGAUCACAAUCAGCUGGGGAAAUACAAACAACUCUUCCGUGACAGAGGUAUCUCGACGCUCUCGAGCUGCGGAGAUCCAGAGCGCCUGCCGGAGCUACCACCGGGAGAUGAACAGCGUCUUCAGCGAGCUGCCUUGAAUCUACAACAGAAAUUAAUACUUCGCGAGUGGCUUAAGGAGCAUCGACUGCAGCAUCAUUACUCCAGAUUGGUUGCCAUCGAGGUUACGGCACUGGAAGAUGUGUACUGGCUGGAAGAUUCCCGGGCAAGCCAAAUCCUCGGCAAGGACUGGCCGAUCUGGUCGGCCGCCCGCCAAAAACUGCCAACCUCCAAAGCCAACCUGGAAGCCUUAAAAGCCGACCUGUGGUCCACAGUUGUGAAGUCGAGCCAGCAUCAGGAUGCAUGGACGUGGGGCGGCAUGCUGGUGGUAUCGGUCUCGGUGGCCGGUCUCGUUACACUCGCCGCCAUGACGCAACCCUCACUUGCGCCAGAAGCACGCCACUCGCUGCUACAGUACGUGACUGGGAAGUAUCUGCUGCCAGCCAACUGUAAGGUACACUGGGACUGGACCGAUCCGGCCCGGGUCGGUGGUACGAUGUGCUUUACCGUGCGAUUUCACCAGCGCAACGGUCAGGCAUAUCCCAUCUGUGAUACGGAUCAGUUCUUCGUCGAGGUUACCGAGGGUACGCGCAAGAUCGUCACGAUCAGUGAGCUCGGUUCGCCUACCGAUCCGAACAAUGCCAACAUAGCGAAGGUUAAGUUUACGGUGCGUACUGCCGGUCAGUACAAAAUUUCGGUCCUCAUCGGGUCCAGCCAUAUCGCGGGAAGCCCGUUCGUGAAGACGUUUGCCCCGGGACCAAUGGAUGCACGGCGUUCGAGACUUAUCCGGCCAGCCAGUACGGUGGUUUGUUGUGCCGGUGCACCAACCUUCCUGCACAUUGAGCCUCGCGAUGAGCACGGCAAUACGUGCCAGUUUGAGGCGGACUGUGAUCCGAUCAAGGGCUACAGUAUCGACAUCUUCGAUCUCUACGGUAACCAUAGUGAUAAGUUUGGCAGUGCGGUCACAUUCUCGUACGAUAAGGUAAACGCACGCAUUAGUCUUACGGCCCUGUUUCCCGAACCGGUAUGUCUCCGGGCGAUAGUAAGCUACGAAGCGCAUCCGAUACCGAACGGAGACUUUGACAUUAUUGUGCUGAGCAGCAGUGAUACGACACUCGUACACAAGAAUAUUGCUUCGCGCAAGCACAACAUCUGCUAUGAGGCCAAGCUGUUUAGCAUCUAUGGCCAGCAACGGUGGACCAAGCCCCGUAAAGUGCUUUGUUACGUGGGACCGAAACAGGUCACCAUUAAGGAGAUGAUCCUUAAAAUCAUUCCCAAGCGUAUCGCAACGUUUCGACUCUGUCCUUCCACAAAAUUCCAUUUUCUUCCACCAUCAACCAUCCAAAUGAAUAACAGCCACGGUGCAAUCUUCAUCAUUGACGAUGGCUGUCAGCCGAAGAUCGAGCUGGCAUCCAAGGAGCGUAACGUCAUCGCGGCCACCUUCACACAUUUUCUGCUGAAGAACAUUGGCGGCUCGGAAACGUUCAAAGACAAGCAAGACUUCUUCUACCAUGAAGUGCGACUUGUCCGUAAGUUCCAUUCCAACUAUUACCAUGAGAAGCUAUCCCUGAAGGUACAGCGGGACAAAAUUCUGGAGUCGAGCAUGAAGGCCACGAAGAACUUUUCGGUAUCCGAUUGGUGUGGUAAUUUUGAGGUUACAUUCCAAGGAGAGCAAGGAAUUGAUUGGGGUGGCUUACGGCGCGAAUGGUUUGAGCUGGUAUGCAGUGCCCUAUUUGACCCCCGUGGUGGUCUUUUCUGUACAUUCCACGACAAACGCCAGGCGCUGGUCCACCCGAACCCAAACCGUCCACCCCAUCUAAAGCUGAAACACUUCGAGUUUGCGGGCAAAGUCGUCGGCAAGUGUUUGUACGAAUCGGCCCUCGGUGGAACGUACCGACAGCUCGUACGGGCACGCUUUUCACGCUCCUUUCUGGCACAGUUGAUUGGACUACGCGUACACUACAAGUACUUCGAGCAGGAUGAUCCCGAUCUAUACCUAUCGAAGAUCAAGUACAUUCUCGAAACCGAUCUGGACACUAGCGAAAAUUUGGAGCUAUACUUUGUGGAGGAAAUGUACGACCAAAGUGGCCAACUGCAGAAAACCGUUGAGCUCAUCCCGAACGGGGCGAAGGUGCGGGUUACGAACGCUACCAAGAACCAGUACCUGGAUGCGUUGGCUCAGCAGCGUCUCUGCAAUAAUGUGCGUGAGGAGAUUGAUAGCUUUCUGAAAGGGUUGAAUGGGAUCAUUCCUGAUAAUUUGUUGAGCAUUUUUGAUGAGAACGAGCUGGAGCUACUUCUUUGUGGUACGGGCGAGUACUCUAUUGCCGAUUUCCGAGCAAAUCACAUCGUAAACGGAGGUUCAGCAGAGUUCCGUCGAGUUCUUGGUUGGUUCUGGGCUGCUGUCGGUAAUUUUUCCCAAACAGAAAUGGCACGUCUGCUACAGUUCACUACUGGUUGCUCUCAAUUACCUCCAGGAGGCUUUCAGGAGUUAAAUCCCAGGUUUCAAAUAACUGCAGCUCCCACGUUUGGUAACCUCCCAACGGCUCACACUUGUUUCAACCAACUCUGCUUGCCAGACUACGAAAGUUAUGAACACUUUGAAAAAGCCCUUAUGUUCGCCAUCAGCGAGGGAACCGAAGGUUUUGGCAUGGUCUAAACAUUCUUCUUUGAUGAUGGUACAUCCGG